AUGCGCGGCCCCGGCUGGGCGGCCCUGCUGCGCCUGGGGCUCCUGCUGCAGCUCCCGGGCUCACCUGUGGCAGGUGCGGCGGCGGGGCCGGGCGAUGCGAGGGGUCCCCUGCUGCCGUCCCCCUGGAGCGCGGAGCUGCUGCCCUUCCUCGAAGGUGGGGAGUAUGACAUUGUGACUGCGUACGAGGUAGACCAGCAUGGGGAUUAUAUCAGCCAUGCGGUUGCGCACCACGAGAGGAGGAAGAGGUCAGAGGGAGGAAGCAACUCACUCCACCUGCGUUUCCAGGGAUUUGGCCGCGACUUCCAACUCAACCUGAAGUCUUCUAAUUUCCUUGUUGCCCCAGGAUUUACAAUACAGACACUGGGCAAAGGGAAAACCAAGUCAGUACAGCCCUACCCGGUGGAAGAGUUUUGCUUUUAUCAAGGUGUCCUGCGACUGCACAAAAAUUCAUCCGUAGCACUUUCAACUUGUGGAGGCUUGUCAGGUUUGAUAAGGACGCAGGAUGCCGAUUACUUCCUGAAACCACUACCUCCAGAUCUUGCGCUUAAACAUGACUCCUCUGCUGCUGUUGGCCACCGCUCCCAUGUGCUCUAUAAGAGAUCAACUGAGUCACAAUCGUCUGUUGAGAACGAAGUCACUGUGAACAAGGAGCAAAGGGAGGCGGAAUCGGCCGGCGUUUUCCCUGGGCCCCAGAGCCCUCACAGUUCCAAGCAGCAAAGCAAACAGCAUUUUUGUGGAAGGCGCAAAAAAUAUCUGCCCCAGCCUCCAGGUAGAGAUACCUUUAUCUUGCCAGAUGAAUAUAAUUAUCUGCUGAGAAACAAACGCUCUCUUCUGAAAGGCUACAAAAACAAAGAGCUGAAUGUGGAGCUGUUAGUGGUGGUGGACAGAAAGAUGCUUCAAAACCACGGGCGCGACAACAUCACCACCUAUGUCCUAACAAUACUUAAUAUGGUUUCUGCUUUGUUCCGAGAUGGAACUAUUGGAGGGAACAUUAAUAUUGCUGUAGUUGGUUUGAUCCUUUUGGAAGAAGACCAGCCUGGACUUACGAUAAGCCAUCACGCUGACCAUACCUUGAGCAGUUUUUGCCAGUGGCAGUCUGGACUGAUGGGAAAAGACGGCAGCCGACAUGAUCAUGCGAUUUUGCUUACCGGCCUGGACAUCUGUUCCUGGAAAAAUGAGCCCUGCGACACUCUUGGAUUUGCGCCAAUCAGUGGGAUGUGCAGUAAAUAUCGCAGCUGCACUGUUAAUGAAGACACCGGACUGGGGUUGGCGUUUACUGUUGCUCAUGAGUCUGGACACAACUUUGGCAUGAUCCAUGAUGGAGAAGGGAAUAUUUGCAAAAAGUCUGAAGGCAACAUCAUGUCCCCCAUUCUGGCAGGACACAACGGGGUCUUCUCGUGGUCAGCUUGCAGUCGUCAGUAUCUCUACAAAUUUCUAAGCUCCACCCAGUCCUUGUGCCUCACUGACCCGCCAAAGCCUGUGCAGGAGUACAAGUACCCAGAACGGCUUCCCGGUGAGCUGUACGACGUGGCCACUCAGUGCAAGUGGCAGUUUGGAGAGAAGGCCAAGCUGUGCAUGAUGGACUUUAAAAAGGAUAUUUGCAAAGCACUGUGGUGCCAUCGGGUUGGAAGGAAAUGUGAAACCAAAUUUAUGCCCGCUGCAGAAGGUACAACGUGUGGUUAUGACAUGUGGUGUCGCGGUGGCCAGUGUGUGAAGUACGGUGACGAAGGGCCCAAGCCAACCCAUGGACAGUGGUCAGAGUGGUCCAGGUGGUCACCGUGUUCCAGAACUUGCGGGGGAGGCAUAUCUCACCGAGAGCGGAACUGCACCAAUCCGAGACCCUCUCAUGGAGGAAAGUUCUGUGAAGGUUCCCCUCAGACGUUAAAACUCUGCAACCAUCAGACGUGCCCAAGGAACAGUCUUGACUUCAGAGCAGUCCAAUGUGCAGAAUUCAACAGCAAGCACUUUAGGGGGUGGAAUUACAAGUGGAGGCCUUACUCGCAAGUGGGAGAUCAAGACUUGUGCAAGCUCUAUUGUAUUGCGGAGGGAUUUGACUUCUUCCUUUCUCUAUCAAACAAAGUAAAAGAUGGCACACCAUGUUCCGAGGGUAGCCGUAAUGUUUGUAUAGAUGGAAUCUGUGAGAUGGUCGGCUGUGAUUACAUCUUAGGCUCCAGUGCGGUGGAAGAUGCUUGUGGAGUGUGCAGAGGAGAUAAUUCCAGCUGCAGAAUCUAUAAAGGGCAGUACACUAAAUACCAUCCUGCAAAUCAGUACUAUACAUUGGUCACUAUCCCCACUGGUGCACGAAGCAUUCAUAUUUAUGAAAUGAAUAUAUCCAACUCCUAUAUUGCUGUUCGUAGUUCCAGUAAAAAAUACCACCUCAAUGGCUACUGGACCGUGGACUGGCCAGGGAGAUACAAGUUUGCUGGAACUGUGUUCGACUACCGGAGGUCACACAAUCAAUUGGAGGUGCUAAGUGCAUCAGGACCUACAAAUGAAAGUGUGGUUAUCGAGCUUCUCUCACAAGGUAAAAACCCAGGAAUCGCUUGGGAAUAUUCCCUUCCUAAGGCAGAGAAGGAAAAGAUGACCACGGUGAAGCAUAACUAUACGUGGACUGUCAUCCAUUCCGAAUGCUCGGUCUCAUGUGGAGGAGGUCAAAUGGUUGCCAAAGAAAGCUGCUAUAAAGAUCUCCAGGUACAAGUGGAUCCUUCUCUUUGCAAUUCCCAGACUCGGCCCACGACUGGAAUUGUUCCUUGCAAAAGGCCAGCCUGCCCUCCCAGCUGGUCGGUCGGCAACUGGAGUGAGUGCAGUUUGACUUGUGGAGGAGGAGAGCGAUAUCGGUCUGUUCGCUGCACACAGAGAAUCCAGUACAAGCUGGAAUGGGUACUGCACACUGUGUGCCGUUUCCCUGUUCCUGUCGCCAGGGAGCGUUGCAACACCCAAAUCUGUCCACCUACCUGGAGCACUGGGUCCUGGUCUGAGUGCUCUCGGACAUGUGGGAAAGGGUGGAGAAAGAGAGUAGUCCUCUGCAAAAGCUCCGGCUCCUCUUUCUGGCCUCAGAUCUUGCCUGACUCGGCCUGCGUAGCGGAACUAAAACCAAAAAUGCAAGAAACCUGCCUCCUGAAGCGAUGCCACAGAGCCAAGAAGCUGCACUGGCUGGCGUCUGCGUGGUCCCAGUGUUCAGUCACAUGUGGAAAAGGAGUGCAGAGAAGAACACUGAACUGUGCGGAGAAAUAUGUCUCUGGGAAGUCCAGAGAGCUGACUGCUAGAAAGUGCUCUCACCUUCAGAAGCCCAGUCUGGACUUGGAAAGAGCCUGCGCCCUCAGCCCCUGCCCCAGGCCCCCGGCGUCUUCGCCCACAAGUCAGAGCAGCUGGUUCUCUUCUCCCUGGUCUCAAUGCACAGCAACCUGUGGAGGAGGCACACAAGUGCGGUCUGUUCAGUGCCUGGCCAGCGGGAGAUCGGCCACAGGAUGCCUCUUGCACCAGAGACCUGUUGCCUCACAAGCCUGCAACACCAACUUUUGCCCUCUUCUGGAAGCAGCCGAUGUCUUCUGCAAGGAUUACUUUAAUUGGUGCCAUUUGGUUCCCCUGCACGGCGUUUGUAACCACAGUUUCUAUGGCAAACAGUGCUGCAGGUCUUGUGUCAACUCAAAUUUGUGAGACUUGGAUCUAAACUAUAAGCGCAUCCCUCUGAAUGCAAGAUGGGCUGCAUGUUCUAAUUCAGAGCCCUGCCCCAGGAAGAUGGAAGUCUCAUGCGUUGAUGCACUUUGCUCCCAAAGCAUAGGUUAAAAUAAUCCAUCGAGCCUGAACUCAAGGACUUCUGAAGUGUCCCAUGCACUUCGAUCCUGUUGGGUAUUCUCCUGGGACCCGCAGUGCUGCUUUAUGAUGGGUGCCUUGUUCUGAAGACCUGCGGAGAGAAAGGCCUCGCAGUGCGCAGUGGACAGUGUUCAGAGUUUAAAGCUCUCAGGAAAAUGUGGUUCCUUCUUUCAGGAAGAUGUUGAAGAGCUGCCUAAGCCAGCCAUGUGGAGAUCAGCUGAGCCUGCAAGAAGACUCUUGGUUUGCUUUUGACCUCAGUGACCAUGUUAAUGUUAACAAGCCCUUUGAGCACAACCUACCCAGUAGUGCUCCAGCGCAUGCCCUGGUACAACCAAGGGAACUGCCCCAGAGCGCCUCAGUGGGGCUCAUGCAAGAGAACCUCUCAAAACGUAAAAUAUUUAUUUUCGUGGGCGUUCUCUUGCACAGCUGAAGAUGGCCCAAGUACUGCAAUAUCCCAAACAAGCUCCAUUGGCAGGAAUGGGGGUGGGGCAGAGCGCUCCCUGCUCUCCAGAAGUACCAUCUGUUUCAAAGGGAUCUUGCAAGGAAAUCCCCAGCGGAUUGUUCACCUGCUGUUGCAUGCCAGACACCUGACUCAAGCAAUUCCUAAAUGCCUGGUGGAAAUGAAUACUGUAAUUUAGUAAAGUGGCUGAAACAUGCUUGAGGUUCAUUUGCUUUAGUUAGGUCUAUUUGCUUUUAAUGAAGAUGAGAGAGGGGAAAAACCAACCUCAAGAUGCCCUUCUUAACUUCUCCAUCAAAGCUCAGAGACACCUGCACACUUCUCGUUUUCCAACAAGGAAUCCCCAUUUUAUGCUUUCAGCUGUUAAGUAUAAAAAGUAUGUCCCACCAUCAAUGGCUGGUAAUACCCAAAUGAUGUUUUGCUUCCAUUUACAUAUAAGGAACUUUCCCAAUAGAUUCCAGAGCUGUAGUUGCAUUAAUAAACCUAUGAAUGUUUGUCCACAUUUCAGUAGCUAUUCAGAACAAUGAUAAAAGCUGUACAAAAAGCCAACUUCAGGGGCUCUGACUGUUUUACAGUUCAGAAAACAAGAAGGCUGUGGUGUUGGGCAGAGAAGGCCCAGUUUCCUAGACUCUCCCAGUCUUCAUUAAAUAAAGCAAAUCUGCAGUCCUGCAAAGAUGUAGUCAGAAAGCAGACAGGUAGCAAAGCAGGUGAUGAACGAGGUUCCCAAGGGUUGGGGUUGAGUUUCAGCACCCAGCAUAGCCAUUGGCACAGCCAACGGCCAAACCAGAAUAUAGCUGUAAUAAUGUUUUAGUCGUGAGAAAAUAGCAAUGGACAUGUUACAAAAGGGAAGGAAGGCAUGCAAAGUGCAAACAUGUAUUAUUUGUUUGAUGUUCACAGUCACAUGAAUUUUCUUUUCUGGGUGCAGAUUUUUUUCCCAGCUCAAAAGCAUGCCCAGCCCUAACUGCAAUAUGCUCUGCAAUUUCAGCAGUGGUGCUACUUUAAGAUUCUCUGGUGCUGUUGCUCCAAAUGGAAAUGCAACCCUUUAUGUUAACAGAAGUAUAAUAAAUUGUUAUUUGUUU